GGACCUACCCACAGCAGCACCAACCAGGCGCCGCUAUGCUAAUCCCCCUCCUCCGCCAUUCACUUUCGCUAUCAGUUUCGAUGCGCCCAACCAACAAACUCGACAUCGAUAACCCGAUCGUCAAGCUCCCAACCCCAAACAAGCACGCGACAAAUUCCCGGCGCCUAGCGGUGCUGUUUGCACACAUGACGGCAACAUAGCUCGUCUGGCCUGUCUUUGUCUACGACAAUGGAGACGCCGAUGUCGACACAAGAGCAGCAGCUCUGUCAGCUUCUGCUGGAGCUGCCCGCUCGCCACCGCUAUCGGUACACUGACGAAGCCGCCCGCGAGCUGCUGACCGCACUUUUCUGGUGCAUGGCUGGCGGCAAGUCCGAAUACAUGAACCUCUUCUUCCCGGCCGGCGGUCCUCUGAGAAACGGGACCCUCAAGCUGCGAGAAGCCCAGGGUGCGGUGGAGGGCGCCGAGUAUACCGAAGCCGCCCGUGGCAAGGCGUGCGGUCACAUCUUCAAGCAGGGCGAGGCCUCAUAUGCGUGCAGGACAUGCAGUGCCGACGACACCUGUUGCCUCUGCAGCAGAUGCUUCGACGCCACCGAUCACACCGGCCACAUGGUCAGGAUCAGCAUCUCGCCCGGCAACAGCGGGUGUUGCGACUGCGGGGACCCAGAAGCUUGGAACCGGCCCAUGUUCUGUACCAUACACUCGAUGUGGGAGGGCGAGGGAAAGGGGAAAGGCAAGGAAGCCCCUGCGCUGCCGGAAGACCUGGUUGCCAACAUUCGCAUGACCAUCGGCCGCGUCUUCGACUACCUUUGCGAUGUCAUCUCGUGCUCCCCCGAGCAGCUUCGCCAGACGAAGACGGUCGAGUCCAUCGAGCAAGACGAGCGCAUGUCGAGGCUGUCAUCCACGUACUGCGGCGGUGACACCGAGUCGCCCGGGGAAUAUGCCGUGCUGCUGUGGAACGAUGAGAAGCACACCAUCACAGACGUCCAACACCAGGUGGCUCGCGCGUGCAGCACGACGAUGGCGAACGGCUUGGCCAAGGCCUACGAGACAGACGGCAUCGGCAGGAGCAUCUUGAUGUAUGACAAGAGCAUCGAGAAGCUCAUCGAGGUUGCCAACACGCUCGAGAGGAUCAGGGUGACCGUGACGAUCCGCUCAGCGAGGGACACGUUCCGGGAAGAAAUGUGCGGGACCAUGAUCGAAUGGCUCAGAGACAUCUCUGGCUGCUCCGUGGGCGAAGAUAGCAACAUCCUCAGACAGAUUGUGUGCGAGGAGAUGCUCAAGCCGUGGCGCAGAGGGAGCCCUGCAACACACGCCAUCGUCGGCAAGGGCGGGAUCGACGACGAGGAGUUGCUUGACCAGGAAGAUCGGGAGGCACAUGAAGAUUUUUACAUUCAGCAGGUUAGAAUCCUAAUGCAGGCACGCAGGGCCGCCCGGGCGGAGGCUGCAGCAGACGAUGCCAGCGAGGACGACGAGGAGGAGGACGAGGAAGACGGGAGGCACACUCCUGGGAGCGACAUGGAGGAUGAUGGUGAGGAUGAGGAAGACGUAAUGAUGCUCGACUCCCGGGAAGAUGGCGAUGUGCCCAUGCAGGACUGGCGGCAGGACACGGCAUUGGAGGAAGAUGAGGCUACGGUUGCCGGCUAUCCGCCGCCUCCGCCGCCGCCGCCUCCGGCUGCUCGCCGCACCGCGCGCGAGCGCGAGCUCACUCCUUCCGACUCUGAUACGGCGGAACCUCUCAUCGCCCCUACUGUGUACGCAAAAGCCCAUCUGGAGAUCCCGAAGACCCCCGGCCAGCCAGGGGCACACACUUUGCCCCCGCCCAAGCCUGGCUCUUACUGGUUGGCUACGCCUCAGGGCUACGUAGAGCAGGAGAACAUUCCGGUCGCCGAGGACCUCUUUGAGCGAGUGCGCCUUGACUGGAUGAUCCUCUUCGAUCUCAGGAUGUGGAAGAAAGUCCGCAAUGAUCUCCGGUCGCUCUACAUCUCGACCGUGGUAACAAUACCCGAGUUCAAGCGCGUCCUCGGUCUCCGUUUUGCCGGCCUGUAUACCACACUGGCCCAGCUUUACCUUAUCGGCGACCGCGAACCUGACCAUUCCAUCAUCAACAUCUCGCUUCAGAUGCUGACCACGCCUUCCAUCACGGCCGAGAUUGUCGAGCGCGGCAACUUCCUCACCAGCUUGAUGGCUAUCCUGUACACAUUUCUCACAUCUCGCCAGGUGGGCCACCCGUGGGAUGUCGCCUCGAAUGCGGUACUGUCCUUCGACACCGGCUCGGUUACGAACCGGAGAAUGUACCACUUCUUCCUCGACCUGAAGUAUCUCUUCGGUUCUCCGCACGUCCAAGACCGUCUCAGGACGGAGGAGAGGUACAUGAUGCAAUUCCUGGACCUCGUCAAGCUGCACCAGGGCAUCUGCCCCAACGUGCGCGCGGUCGGCGAACACGUCGAGUACGAAGCGGACGGCUGGAUAAGCGCUUCUCUCGUUACGCGCGAGAUCAACAGGCUCUGCCGGCAGUUCGCCGAAUCAUUCCGCAACGUCAAGGAGCAAGACUCCCUCUACGUGUCGCGCGCGAUCCGGCUCGCGGCCAAGACGGUCAUUAUCAACUCGAUCGGAGCCGAGCGUGCCAGGUUCAGCCAAUCCGAGAUCAAGGACGAAGUCAGGUUCAAGACCCUCGACAACUUCGAGUUCGAGGCCCCCAGCCGAACUUUCCGAGUUGUCAAGUUCGUGGUUGAAGAAGAGCCGAUCAGCUUCCAUCACGCGCUCCAUUACACCCUGUCGUGGCUGAUUGAAUGCGGCAAGAACAUGCCCGUUGAGCAGCUCAGGGCGCUUCUUAGCUUCACGACGCAGGAGCUCAUGAUGAAGCCGCGCUCCAUGGGCAAGAAGAUGAUGCCACGGCACGACUACGGCCCGGAGGACUACCUGAUGGCCGCAUUUGACUUCCCGCUCCGCGUGUGUGCCUGGCUCGCCCAGAUGAAAGCCGGCAUGUGGGUCAGGAACGGUCUAAGUCUGCGCCACCAAGCAGGCACUUACCGAGGGGUCGGCCAGAGGGAUGUCUCGCAUCAGCGCGACAUCUUCUUGCUGCAGACAGCCCUCGUGGUCUGCGACCCCAGCCGCGUGCUUGCUUCUAUCGUGGACCGCUUCGGCAUGGAGAAGUGGGUUAAGGGCUUCUUUGAGCAAAAGUCCAAGGCUCAGGACGAUAUCCAGCACCUGGACGUCGUCGAGGACAUGAUUCACCUCCUCAUCGUCCUCCUGAGCGAUAGGACGCUGCUCAUCCCCACCGAUGAUACUCAAGACCCGCCGCACAUCGCCUCGAUCCGCCGCGAUAUUACGCAUGUCCUCUGCUUCAAGCCUCUGUCGUUCUCGGAUAUCUGUCUGAAGCUUCCAGACAAGUUCCAGGAGCAGGAAGACUUCCACAAGGUCCUGGACGAGAUGACGACCUUCAAACCCCCCGAAGGCCUGACGGACGUCGGCACUUUCGAGCUUAAACCGGAGUACAUUGAGGAUGUCGACCCCUACAUCGCCCAUUACACCAAGAACCAGCGCGAGGAGGCCGAGCUGGCUUGGCGGAAGUGCGUCGCCAAAAAGACCGGCAAGUCGGUGGAAGACGUCGUCUACGAGCCUAGGCUACGGCCCAUCACCUCGGGGGUGUUUGCUGGGCUGAGCGAGUUCACGAGGACGGGCAUGUUCGCGCAGAUCAUCCAUUACUCGCUGCUCUAUACCCUUGUGUACCCUCGUUUGACCCCGCAGGUUCCAUCAACGCGGGUUGAGACGUUCUUGCAGGUGGUGUUGCACUUGAUCCUCAUCGCGAUUGCCGAAGACAAUACAGAAGAAGAAGACCAGCCGCAGCCGUCGUUCGUCGCUACCGCGCUCACUCAGCAGGCGCUCAGCGUUGUUCCCGAAGCCCCGCAGGCCAGAACGAUUGUGGCCUUGAUGAACCUGAUAGCUUCCAAGGAUGAGUUCAAGGCGUGCCACCCGAGAGUGGCGACGAUCCUUCGGAGAAUGCAGCAGAAGAGGCCCAAAGCAUUCGAGUCCACUUGCGAGCGACUCGGGCUUUCGGUAGACCGUAUGGGCACGGCUUCGCCCGCGACCAACAGUGCUGAUGAAGAGCGGGAGCGCAAGAAGAAGGCCGCUCUGGACCGGCAAGCGCGAGUCAUGGCGCAGUUUCAGGCUCAGCAAAAGAGCUUCAUGGAAAACCAGGGAGACAUCAACUGGGGAGAGAUGGACGACCUGGAGGACGACGACGUGCCACCCAUGGAAGAGCAUCGGGACUUUUGGAAGUACCCGUCGGGCACCUGUAUCCUGUGCCAGGAGGACACGGACGAGCGCCGGUUGUACGGUACUUUCGCUUACUUCACCGAAAGCAACAUCCUUCGUCAGACCGAUUUCCAAGACCCGGACUUUGUCAGAGAGGCGUUCAAUACGCCUGAAAACCUUGACAGAUCUGCAGAGUCCAUCCGGCCUUUCGGUGUUGCCAGCGAGAACCGGAAGAAAGUCCGCAAGGUAAACCAGCAAGGCCAGAUAUUCGAGACGGAGCGCCAGGUCAUCGGCAAAGGGUUCCCUGCGAAGCUGUCUCGCCUUGGCCCGGUCUCGAUCGGCUGCGGCCACAUCAUGCACUAUCACUGCUUCGAGGCCUACUUUGAAGCUACCGUGAGGAGGCAUAACCAGCAGAUUGCGCGGCAUGCUCCAGAGAAGAUCAGCAGGCUGGAGUUUGUGUGUCCGCUGUGCAAAGCUCUCGGCAACGCGUUCCUGCCCAUCAUCUGGAAAGGCCAGGAGGAGUCGUAUCCCGGGCCGUUGGUGCCGUCUACGCCGUUCUCGUCCUUCCUCGAUUCCCAGCUCCACUCGGCGUACUACACGCUCGGAGCGGCACGGCCGCCAGAUCGGAUUCAGAACGAGUUCGCCGCGUACACCUCCCGACACCUGAUCAACAGCCUCGCGGAAAAGUCGGCGCAGCUACUAGAUGAUGCCUGGGUCGACGUCGGUGCCCAGUCUAUCUCAACGGGCACGCCAUUCAGCGAGACGUUCUCCAUGAUGUCGGCCCCAGAUCAAGGGGGCCGUGGGGCCAGUGCCGAUGCCAACACGCCCAUGAGGGAACUCGUCAAUGUUUACCGCCGGCUCAGGGACACGCUGAGGAAGAACGGGAUCGUGUCGCGCCAUCAGUUUGAGCCUCCCGAACUGGGCGCCAAUGAGCUGUACGGCAGCGACGUUCUAGCGCGGUCGGUAGGGUUCUCGAUCUCGGCCGUCGAAAUUCAGCAGCGCGGCGUAGAAGCCGAGUACGGCAUGACGUUCCUCGAGAAGAUUCCGGAGCAGGUCCUGACGCAGCUCCGCAUCUUGAGCGAGACGGUGACGUCUUACAUUGCUGUCGGGGGCUUGCGCGAGUCGGGGGAGAACAAGAUCGACACGGAGUACCGCAGGGAUAGCGAGCGGCAGCACUGCCAGCUCUUUAUCGCGCAGUACCUGGGCGAGGAGACCGAACACACUCGGUUCCCGGCGAACAGUUAUCCGCCGCUGCUCAGCCAGGAUCCGUUCAUCUUCCUGUGCGAAUGCGUCUUUGGCGUCAUCCCGGCGCAGGGGUUCGAGAUUGCUCACAUGGUCCGCCUGUGCUACCUGGCCGAGAUCACCAAGGUGGCUUACCACCUGGCCCGCAACAUGCCGGCGCCGCUCUGGUUCCAGUUCGUCACGCGGCGGGAGGAGAUGGAUCCCCCCACGGCCGCCUUUGUAUCCUUCUGCGAGGCGCUUUACGAGAUUGACGUCAAGUGCGCCUCGGAGCCGGUACCGACUGUCGACCGACCGGAGUGGGAGAACAAGGCGUUUGAGCAACCCGGUAUCGACACGUGGGAGUCGUGGUACAUCCUCCUGCGCAAAUACGCGCUGACGUUCCUGCGCAAGUGCGUGAUCCUCCUGCACGUCAAGUUCGGCGUCAACUUCAACAGCCGCGUGAGCCCCAACCCGGAGCAGCGCGAACUCGAGCGGCUCACCGAGGCCCUGCGCGUGCCGUCGCUGAACGAGAUGCUGACGGCGCUCACACCGGCACUGGGCGUGGAGCACGGCUGGCCCGCCGACACGCCACGGCUGGUGGCCGGGUGGGUCAAGCACCAGGCAAUGUGGCCGUACAGCGGGGAUGACGAGCGGCUGCCGCAGUCGGCGGUGCUCAGCCAUCCGGGCAUCUUCGAGCUGGUCGGGCUGCCCAAGAACUACGAUGCGCUCAUCGAAGAGUGCACGCGGCGAAAGUGCCCGACAAAGGGCAAGGACUUGACCGAGCCGGCCAUCUGCCUGUUCUGCGGCGAAAUCUUCUGCAGCCAGGCCGUCUGCUGCGCCAGGGAAGACAGGAUCGGGCCAGACAGAAUCUCGCAGAUUGGCGGAGCGCAGCAGCAUAUGCUCAGGUGCCAGAAAAACAUUGGUCUCUUCAUCAACAUCCGCAAGUGCUGCGUCUUCUACCUCUCGCGGCGGUCGGGCUCCUUCAGCAACGCGCCGUACAUCGACAAGUACGGCGAGGUCGAUAAUGGGCUGCGCUACGGCCGCCAGUUGUUCCUGCACCAGAAGCGCUACGACUCGAUGCUGAGGAACCUGUGGCUCAGCCACGGCAUACCAAGCUUUAUCGCGCGGAAGCUCGAGGCGGAUAUCAAUACUGGUGGGUGGGAGACGAUCUAGUCGGGUUCUCCUCGAGAGAGUGUGAGGCGAGAGUUUUUUGGGGGGGCAAGGGCAAGUGUGCCGGGAGAAGGGGUUUCUGCGAUGCAUUUGCAUGAUAUCACGGUGCUGCUUACAGGAUGAUUAACGAAUUAU